AUGAUUCACGCCGGUGUAUGCUCGGUGUUUGUUAAAAUUCUCAAAGAAGGUCCCAUGAAAGUGCAAGCAGUUGUUGCCUGGGCUGUAUCGGAGCUCAUAGCUCAUUAUCCAAAAUGUCAAGCUCUUUUCGCACAACACAACAUCGUUCGAUUACUCGUUGGACAUCUCGCAUUUGAAACUGUUGACCGACAGCUCCAUAACAGACAAAUUUACCCGCCUAUCAAUGUGUUUCCAUCCCUCUCUCGAUUGAUGAAGGUAAGGUCAAAGUUUUUCUUCAUAUAUGAUGUUAUGUUCUUAAUUAAGAAUUUAAUUUAUAGUAUGCAAGAGGAUUCUAUUAAAUCAAGUUCAUUCUUCCAACGAUCUCCUGCCCUUAACCAGCUUAAUCCCAAUCUGCAAAAUCCCAGUCAGCAAUUCGGGCAGCGUUCUGCUAGUGGGUCCCGUGCUUCUUCCCCACCACCUAAAGAAUCCGCAGAGAUGGAAUCUCCUACAGAAUCUAAUGAUAAUUCUAAAACAGCAUUGGUUGUAAAUCGAAAUGGAAAUGGAAAUGGAAAAGGAAAAGGCAAUCUUCAGACAACGGGUAGGAGCUCAUUUUCUUAUCAUGGUGAUCAGAAUUUCCCUGGUGCUCAAACGUUUUUGCCAGUUAUGCAAUUUGCGGGGCAGCAUCCUGGUGGGCCUGGAGUUCCUGCUGUUGGCAUGGCAUUCUCUGGCUAUGUUACUCAGCCCAAUGGAAUGGGGAAUUUAGAAAUGACAUGGCUACCUGUUUUGGCUGGUGCUGUUGGGGCUUUAGGUGCUGCAGGAGCUUUAGGGGCAACAUAUUGUUCACCUUAUAUCACAAUGGAUUGGUCUCAUCAUGCUAGGCCAUCUGGCCAGACUGGGUAUUGA